AACCUGAGAAGCACUCGUGGUAGGUAAUUUGCAGGUGCCUCUGAACAUGUCCCACAAUUUGAGGGCACGAGAGAGGCCAAUGGUCACCAGAGCUGUUCUUUUGUCCUCUUCUAAAACAUGGAGCAGCACCUACGUGAGCUCCUUCAUGGCCUUCCACUUCACUUUUUCUUGCUAAAACUACCUUUCAAAUAGCAUGCUAAACCAUGGACUUUGAACUAUAAAAGGCCCUUGGGAUUCCUCGGAGAGUCACAGUACUGAAUUAAGAUACAAGAGAGAGUUGGCAAAGGAAAUGGGGAGGAAGCCUAGCUCUUCGAAUGAGGGGAUGAUCAAUAGAGGAGCAUGGACUCCUCAAGAAGACAAGGUGCUUGUUUCCUACAUAUCGACUUACGGGGUGGGCAAAUGGGAGUCUCUCCCUAAAAGAGCCGGUCAGUUCAGUUCAGUUCCAUAUUCUGAAAAGUGUUGUCUAUACAUUUCUCAAGAGAAAGUGUUGGAUUUGGAGAAUGCACGUAGGGCUUAAGCGUUCCGGGAAGAGCUGCAGACUCCGAUGGCUCAAUUACCUGCGGCCGGACAUCAAGAGGGGGAACAUCUCCGAUGACGAGGAGGCCUUGAUCAUCAGACUCCACAAGCUACUUGGAAACAGGUGGUCUCUGAUUGCAAGGCGAUUGCCCGGGCGAACCGACAACGAGAUCAAGAACUACUGGAACACGACUUUGGUGAAGAAGCUGCAAGGUGAACUGCCUCAAUUCAACAAUCCGUAUCGCACAAUUUCAACUGGAACCGAAUCAAAUUCUAGCGGCACAGCGACCAAGCCGCCACCACAAGGAAAGGUCACUGUUGCAUCUCUGCCGACUGAUGCUGACUCGAACAUGGCUCGAGCCUUUUGUGGUCUGGAUGCUCCUCUGAUGCUGCCAUUGUUGGCCGUCCCAGAAGGCUACUCUGGUUCUGCCAUGGACAUGCUCGCAGUGGCAUGGCCUUUGGAUUCAGGUGCUUGGGAAGAGCCAAACAUCGUCGGCAUUGAGAUCGAAGAGUUUGGAUACGAAUCGCAGAGAGGUGACGGCAUCAAGAACUGUCAGGAUCUUGAAGACAUGAUGGCUAGUGAAGGAGCAACAAACGGCGCUUGGGAGGAAAAUGAUGAUCCUCCCAGCUUCUGCUUACUGUCGUAGAUAACAAAACUCCUUCCAUGCAGUUCUGUGUGAAAGUCCUCUGUGCAGUCGCAAGAUUUGGCCGGAAAGAUCUCGGAUUCGACCGUACAUGGGGCUUUCACACAGAAAAAGAGUGCGAAUUUGCUUCAGGCAGAUUUUAUCUUUUAGUUAGUUUGUUUGGUAAUAAUGUGCAAGAUUUAAGUGAGGAACAUAUAUCGAGUAAGAAUAAAUAAAAGGAG